GGCUGGCAUUAUCAUGGGGCGAUCAGGCUUUGGUCGGAUCCGUGCGUAUUCAUCCUUAAUAUUUCGACCAGAAGGCAGAAUGGUACUACAGACAAUCUCAGAUGUUGGUUUCAUGUUUCAUGUUUUUGUUCUUGGAGUUCAAGUAGAUCCAACAAUGCUGAGAAGAGCGGGGAGAAACGCGGUUCUAAUAGGUGUUUCAUCUUUUGUUAUGCCUUUUGCACUUGGAGGAUUAGCCUGUUACGUAUUACCUCAUUUGACUGUCAUAGAUGACGCGACAGCGCAUUUCCUGCCUUUGUUAUCUGUAAUUAACUCUGCUUCAUUCUUUCCUGUGAUCACUAGCCUUCUUAGUGAUCUUAAGAUUCUAAAUUCGGAAAUUGGUCGAAUAGCUACAUUAGCCUCCUUGGUUAAUGACGGUUGUAUAUAUGCUGCUUCCAUACUUUUAACAACAAUAGAUGCAUCAUCAAGUUAUUCAAAGUGGAAUGGAGUAAUGGCCAUUGCAUGGAUAGGCACAUUCCUGAUAGUAAUCGUGUUUGCUGUAAGGCCAUUGGUGAAACAUAUUGCUAGGACUAUACCGGAAAGAGGGGCUAUGAAGGAAAGCCAUUUUCUAAUGAUAGCUGUGCUAGCUCUCCUCUGUGGAUUUGUGUCCCAGUCUAUUGGACAGCCUCCUGCUGUUGGUACUUUUAUUUUGGGAGUAGUGGUGCCAGAGGGACCGCCUUUGGGCUCAUCGAUGGUCUACAAGAUCGAUUCUUUAUGUACUGGAUUGCUGCUUCCUGCUAAGUUUGCUAUCAGUGGGUUGACAUUGGACAUAUUCUCCCUAGGAAGAGGAAAGAGUCUUUUAGGGGUCGAAGCAGUGAUCCUAUUGGGUUAUUUAGGUAAGUUUGCUGGCACUCUUGUUUCAGCUGUUCACUUUGCUGUUUCCUUCCAAGAUGCAGUACCUCUUGCUCUCAUCAUGUGCUGCAAAGGAAUUAUCGAGGCAUCCUUUUAUAUCGGCUUAAAGGAUACUGGAGCAAUAACAAGUGAAGCAUAUGCGCUUUUGUUAAUCACAAUGUUGGUCAUAACAGGAAUUGUGAGACCUUUAAUUUGGUACCUCUAUGAUCCAUCAAGAAGGUACUUAGGCUACAGAACAAAUAGUAUACAACAUUUGGAUCCGACCAGUGAGCUUCGGGUACAAGUGUGUAUUCACAACGAAGAUAAUGUCCCAAGCUUAGUCAAUCUUCUUGAUGUGUCCAAUCCAUCUAGAAGGAGACCGAUUGCAGUGUUUGUUCUUAAUCUAAUGGAGCUCAAAGGCAGCGCAGCUGCUUUACUGGUGCCAACUCAUAAUAGAAAAGGCAAACCGAAACUCAAGUCUCUGCCUAGCAGAACUGAACAUAUAUCUAAUGCAUUCAACAUUCUCGCACAUAGAAAUCACGGUUCUAUGGUUGUUCAACACUUCACCUCCAUUGUUCCGUAUGCCACUAUGCACGAUGACAUAUGUACAAUCGCGGUGGACAAAGGUGUCAAUAUUGUGAUCAUCCCAUUCCACAAGCAGUGGGCUAUUGAUGGAACAGUAGGAGCCAAUUUCCCUGCAAUUAGGAUGGUGAACCAACAGGUACUCCAUAAAGCACCUUGCUCAGUCGGGAUCCUAGUUGAUCGGGGACAAUUAGCCGAUAACACACAAAUCUUGUUUGGCCAUUCUCUUUUCCGCAUCACAAUGCUUUACCUAGGUGGUCCUGAUGAUGAUGAGGCACUUGCCUAUUGCUGCAGGAUGCUAGGGCAUCCCCACAUCACCAUGAGUCUCGUCUGGCUCAAACAUUCGAGUGACAAUAUCGAGAAGAGUAUGGAGUCACAUAUGAUACAAUGGUUCAAGGCUAAUAAUGUGGAUGCAGGGAGAGUGAGUUACAAAGAAGAAGUGGUGAAUGAUGCAGUGGGGACAACUCAGGUUCUUCGUUCACUCGAGGACAGUUGUGAUCUUUGUAUAGUUGGUAGAGACCACGAACAGUCCGAGUUAACACUAGGGAUCAAUGAAUGGAUCGAGUGUCCAGAACUAGGAUUUAUUGGAGACAUGUUAGCUACUUCGGAUUAUAGUUUUUCAUUGCUCGUUGUGCAACAAACACCACCCGGGACCGAGUUUAUAAACAUCCAGCCACUGCAGCCUGUUGCUAGCAGUUUUUAUUCUGGUUCAGGUAAAUAUAGUCAGCAUUCUGGUUCAGGUAAAUAUAGUCAGCAUUCUGGUUAUGGCCCUUUUGGGUAGCAACUGAAGUUGUUUUCCUCUUUGAUCAAUGCCAAGAAUGUAGAAAAUAGGUUAAAGGAUACACAGAAAAAAAAGAAAGAAAAGG